GUUUCUCACCUGCAGUCACACUGUUUUUCGUAGGUCAGCACGGAUGCUGAUUUUUCCAACCAAGGCUUUUUUGGUUUUUACAUCAAAAUUACUUGCAAUCAACACACAAAAUAUCUUCCCCAACAAUUCGUGAUCAUUUCAAGUCCUUGCGCGCACAUUUAGCAAGUAAAAUUGUAGCCCCAAAUUUGACAAUUUACGCAUUGCAAAAACGCAGUCGUCACACCUUUGGCCAACACACCAAUACAACCAAGAAACCCAUUAAAAAAAAGAGGACGGCAAAUCAGCGAACGUUAGGCAAAGGCAAAAAGUCUGCAGAAAGAGAUCGAGUACUGUUUGUGGUACUUUUCGACGCUUCAAUUUUCGAUUUAUACCGAAAACGAAUCGCAUAACCUUUUGGAAAUAUUACGCAAGUAUUAUUUCUGGAUAUAAUUUGUCAAUAAUCAUGGCCCAGUAAAGAUGAAUCCUCAACGCAAAAUAAUCGCUCAACGCACUCCGUGUGGAGACAAACGUCAACGCGAGACGCUGUUUGCUGCCAAUUCGCAGCAGCAAACAACAAAAUCCCAAUUUUCCACUCUCUCCUAUCUACCCCUCAACGAGCACUGCGGCCUAAGCGCAGCCAAAAAUAACUACAAUGGAAAACAACAGCAACAACAACAACAGCAGCAAGAAACAACAACAGCAACAGCGUGCAAACAAAUCAUCUGCUGAAGCUCAACGCAAAUCUAGUGAUUUGUAUGCUAACAACAAGACACGCAAUUCUCGACGACGCGAACAGCUUCCCACACCACGCAGCGAACAACAGCAGCGCAGCACCAAGCAACAACAGCAGCAGCAGCAACAACAACAGCAAUCGGCUAAGUUACGUCCCAAUGUGGACAAGCGUCCACGUGCCCGCGGUGGCGGUGGCAAUGGCAACAGUUGCGGUUAUGGUCAAGAGUCUGGCCAGAACAAUGACGAUGGCCUUGCAUGCACCGGUUCGGAUAACGCUUAUGGCAGCUCCGGACUAGCGGCAACGGGCGCUAGCUACAUGCGUAGUAGUGAUCCUGACUAUGAACUAAACUCUGUCUAUGCGCAUGGCAGCAAGAAGCAGAAUCUGAACCAUCUGCUCAAUUUUCAUUGUGUGCCGCGCCAGUCGUCGUCGUCGUCUGACUGGCACGCUACUGGACAUGGCGCGACUAUUGCACGCCGCCAGCCACGCUACAACAAGGAGCAAUUUCUGCAGGCCAACUUUCAAUUUGUAAUACGGAGCAGUGCUAAGGCGCAGGUGAAUAGCUCACCGGACACGCUAAUUGAUUGGAGUCUAAUCGAACAGAUCAACAUACAUACCACCGAGGAGCCGCAAUGCCCCAUUUGUCUCUAUCCGCCGGUGGCUGCCAAGUUGACGCGUUGCGGCCACGCCUACUGCUGGCCCUGUCUGCUGCACUAUCUCUCGUUGAGCGACAAGACGUGGCGCAAGUGCCCCAUUUGCUACGAUGCCAUCCACGCUGCAGAUCUGAAGAGCUGCACCAUUUUACAGCAGCAUGCCAUGAAUGUGGGCGAUACGAUUAACUUCCAGCUGAUGCGUCGCCUCAAGGGCUCUAUUUAUAUUGAGCGUUAUGCCGGCGCCGCAGCAGUUGGUGGCUCUAUGGAGCAUUUGCGUUUCCCUCUGCUCAGUGCCGUGGAUGAGACGAAGCGCUUUUCCAAGUUUUUGAUUGCAAAGCGCAGCGAUGUGGCCGCCAUUAUUGAACGCGAGCGCCGCGAACUCUUGGCUCAGUCCGAUGAGUCCUGUCCCGAGGAUGUUUUCACACAGCAGGCGCUGCUGACACUCAAUGAACGCUGCGACAGGUUGGGCUUGGAGCCGGAGGAGCAACAGCAGUUGCAGCCGCUACAGCUGGUGGAAGAGGACCAGCAGCCACAAGCUAAAACUCCUGAUGUCGAUGAGAAGGCAGAUGAUGCCUCAGUCUCAUCCUUGGGCGAGGCGAGCUGCAGCAGCAGCUCCACCACCAGCAUCAAUAACAGCAACAAAUAUUAUUAUUUUUAUCAGUCCAACGAUGGACAGAACAUCUACUUGCAUCCAUUGAACGUGAAAAUGUUGCAGGCCUGCUACGGCAGCUUGGACCAGGCGCCGGUGUUGAUCCAAGCGCAGAUAUUACAGAAGGAGCAUCACUCCAUGGACGAGGAGCAUCGCCGCAAAUUCACCUGCUUGGGUCAUUUGCCGCUAACAUGCCAGUUUGCCGUUGUCGAAGUGGAGCUGCAGACUCCAACCAUUACAGGCAGCAUACUCAAGUUGUUCAAGGAUGAUCUGCUACAUCGCAAGAAGGAGCGUCAGCGUCGCGAACGCGAGGAACGCAAACGGGAGCAGCACAUUAACGAGAUCAACGAUCGCCAGAUGGGCAAACUAAUUGCCAGUGCAGCCAAUUUGAAUCUAAGCUCUACUCAUGAGUUUCCCACUUGUGGCUUUGAGGAGGACUUGCCGGCACCACGCGGCGCUUUGCCCAUUGCGAUUGGCCAGGCAAGCAGCGGCCCGCGUUACUCCAGCGUGGCUGCCAGUCCCAAGCAGGAGCUAUGGCCCAGCAUUGGUGGUGCGUCUGGCUUGCAGCAUAGCCCAGGCGAGUUUCACUUGGGUGGUGCCUGGGGUCGCGCUGCUCCACCACCAUCAGUUAAAGUGGCCGCCGCUGCUGCCGCCAGUCGCCCCACUGUGGAUGAGGACAAUGAGUUGCGUGCCGUUGGUCCCUGGGCGCUGGGCGAGUUACUUGUAGGCGCCUUGGACCAGCAGAAGCAACAGCGUGGAGCUAAAUCGAAUACUGCUCCAGUGGAUGCUGUUGCCAGCAACAAGAAGCAAAAGAAAUCAAAGGGCAAGAAAAUGGUGCCCCUAUUUGCCGUUGGAAUGAACCGAGCUCCAUAAAUCAUCACAGAUGGAUGGAUCUUUGGCAUUAUCCAAGAACACUUAUUACACUACAUUAUAAGAAGAAACUUUUGUUUACUAUCAAACGUUAUUGCAAAUAACUCUGUCAACAACCAAUCGCUUUAUAAUUUAAUUAAUCCAUAUUCAUAUGUGCGUGCAUUAUUACAUAAUCCAAUAUUAAUAUAAUCCAAUAAAGGCAAAGAGCAGUGAAAAGUUUAAAGA